ACCUGGGGGAGUUCAGCGUGAAGCUACAGUCUACGGAUCCGUCGAAGGGGAACACGACGAUUAUGAUUACCAAAUCCGUUUCAAAGCCCACCGACAAGCCGUUGACGCUACCGCUGUCCCCGGUCCUGCAUGCGAGAGCAACCUCGCGGAUACUCAAGCCAGGUGCCGCAAAGUUUCCAAGAUGCAAUCUCUUGAAAACGAUGUCUUGUGGCAGGAGCGAUUCUCGGACUGGCAGUGCCGACGUGUUGCAUCAAUCGCAAUCCACAGCUUCAAGUAAAAUUAUGAACAGUCGAGGUACGGAAGGUAAGAUGGAUAGACAGAUGUAUAAUUGUAAUAGUAUUAAUGUCGCUAAGGCGCGCUCUACGGGUGGAGUAAGUUCUAAACUUUCUCUGUUGCGUCACACUGUUAAUAGCGAUUACCACAAGGAUGUAAAAUGCUAUGUAAUAGAUGAUGAUGAUAAUGCAGACACUCGUAAUUGUACAAAAAUUGUUCAAGAGACUACGGCUAAAAGUAAGAGUUCAACUGCAGUCCCCUCGACUCCGGAAAUUCUCGAAUUUUCUCCAAAUCACUCAAAGAGAUCUGCGACAAUGAAUUCUAGUAAUAGAGACAACGGAUCGCUGGCCUGGAUGAGUAAAGGAAAGUGCAUUGCCGUUAUAAAGAACACGGAAAAUGGGAAGAUAGUUACGUCUCUGAAGAGCGCGUCGAAUCUUAAGCAGACGUGCAAUCAGAACGAUAGGCAUUCAAAUCAGAAAAGCUUGCGCUACAGCAGUAAGAGAGGCAAUGAUGAGAUCUCGUACGAUAGAAAUAGUCCACUUGUAACUCUAAGUCUAACGUCUAACGUAGUUCCUAAGGCAACGCCUGAAGUAAGAAAUGUUAUGACAGUUAUACCUAAUAAUAAUAAACCUCUUUCGUUUAAUCAGAACGCAGUUGUGGCGCAGGAAUGUAAUACUCCAUUGGCGGAGGCGGACAUUAAAAAUACAAUGCACACGAAGGUCGUGGAUCGUGGUGCGGUUAGACACGACAGAAAGACUGACAGUGCGCAAGGCGAGGGCUCGAAGGCAGGAUCUCAAAAUAAUUACUUAGUUGUCAACAAUUAUUGCAGGCGGGUCAACAAUUGUCAGUACCCCCGCGUUCCGGAGUCGCAACAGAUUAGAAACGCUGGCGCAAACGCGCAUUCGGGUGCGCACACCAAGGAACGCAUCAAGGAUUUGCAGCAGAAGAGGAUGGCGCAGGUUCGAUUGAACAUCAUAAAGAAGGCGAUGAACAGCGUGAAGGACAACGCGCUGCGCGAGCUCGCGCUGAAGGCUCUGGCGGACUGCGGCAUCGGGAUGGAGAAAUACGUGCCGAUGUGUCCGAAGAACUACAAGGCCGUGCACGACACGCAGGUGCAGACCGCGGUGUUCGGCCUACUCGAUCCCAAAUCCUUCAUAUUAAUAAACAAGGACCUGGAUGACAUUCACCGGCUGAAUCAGAUUACUCUUCGCGACGACAGGCCCAAUGACGAAGCGGGUCGGUUGCCCGCGGAUAAUUUGCCCUCCAAUGAUUUGGGAUCCAACGACCUUGACGUACUCGGGCAAGAGGAUCCUUUCGAUUUGGACAGUUUCCUGGAACAAUUUUGGAAGGAGGAUUCGGACGCGCUCAAAAUGAAGGAGACUCUGUCGAUGACGAGAGUGAGGUGCAACAACCUUUUGGAGAAUCUACAAAGGGACUUCGAACGUGUUAAACAAUACGACGAGAACGGCAUGUUGAAUAUACAUAAUGCCGUCGUGAGCGAUAGCAUCUCCCUCGUUCAGAGACAACUAAUGGUGCUUAAGCACUGCAAUCAAAAUGUUGAUGUAUUUACGGAGGACGGAAUGACGAGUUUAGAAUUGGCGAUCAAAUACGGCAUGCGCAGCGAGAUCGUGAAGCUCUUACUCGAUGCAGGUGCCCAGCCGGCGAUAUGGAAACCCGUACACGAAACGGCAGUGAUCAUAGCCAGCAAGCAAUCGUCACCGUUGCUGCCUUCGCUCAUUAGCCGGGUCUCGGACUCGAAAUUGCUCGAUCAAAUUGACUCGGAGGGUUUCGCUGCGAUACAUUAUUGCAGUAUACACGGCAAUUUGCAAGGGAUCAAAGCACUUUUAUCAGCCGGUGCGAGUGUAGACCUGAAAGAUAUGAAAUCGGGACGGACGUCUUUGUUUCACGCGAUAGACAACAGUCACAAGCUGGUGAUGAAGGCACUGCUGAAAGCUGGCGCUGUUGUGAGCAUUGCGAACUACGCGGGACAAAUACCCAUGGCUGUAAUUUGCGAUAGAGAGAAGUCGGAGUUUGAAAUCAGCGAGAAAAGAUGAAACGUGAUUGUCUUUAUUUUUACUUUUUUUUUUUUUUUUGAGUGACGUCUCAUUCGACGAGAUAUAACACUUUAUCCAAAAAAUAAGACUACUUUAAGUAACAUGACAUGAAGAUAUUUAUUAGGAAUAACGUAAAUUAUAACGUAAGUUAUAACAAAUUUGAGCUAGUCAAAACGAUAUGUACAUCUAUUAUAUAAAUUAUAAGAGACGGCGUCAACUAAACUCCGAUUAAUCUUAUCGGCAACUAAACUCUUAACCGCAAAACUAUUUACAGCAGAAUUGUUAAUAUUAAUAAAAGUACAGCUGCAGUAAUAAUAUAGAUAAUUAUUUACAAGUUAAUUGCCGAUUAGGUAAUAAGAGCUUAGUAAAAAAGUCGCCUUUAAAAGUUUUUUUAGCUUUAAUAACUGCCGCAUAUCAGAAAUGCUGCUUAAAAGAAACUUUUGAGACUUGUAAAUGAUUUUAACAUAUUGUACAGCUAGAUUUUAAUAUUUAUUUAUGUUUAUAAACAACAUAAUUUUGUUUUAUUAAUGUAUAAAAAUUAAGAUAUUAAUCAUUGAUUAUUGGUUAAGUCUCGCUUAAGUCCAAUACUAAAAUGAUUAAAAGGACAUUAUGAAAACUUUUCUUUAUAUAAUUUGCUCAAUAUGUUCAUUGUUUUCGAUACACAAAGUUUUUUUUAUUCAGUUGAGAGGUGUAUGAUUAAUGAUAUCAGGGAUAAUAGCGUUACAUGUAUAAUGAUCUGUAAUGCCGACCUUAUAUGAACUGUAAAAUAAUACGUACUAUACUUAAGCUAUAAUUUUUAAAAUAUUUGCAUACAAUUGUGUUUCACAUGAAGCAAAUACAUCACAUAUAUAUUUGUAUUACAUACAAUUUAUAUAUUUACUUUAAUUUUAAGCGUACGUCUGUAAUUGUAAAAGUGAAAAAUGAUAUAGAUCUUGUCAUUCUAAAUUAGAAAACGUAAAUCGGAAGUAGGAAUACCAUUCAAUGUUCUAACGGCAGUCACUGAAUAAAAAUAGUGACUUGUUAAUAAUUUUUAUGCGCGACAGCGCAGUCGCAUUGAGAAUGCGUUUUUUGAAUAUUAAAAUACAUCGCAAGAAUAAUUUUUAUGAAGUUAAUCAAUAUUCUUGUAUUAUAAAAAUCUUAUUAUAAUAUUUGAAAAUAGUGAUCAAUAUAAUUAAAUAAUUGAGAUAUUGUUGCAAUUGUAAAUACUGUGUUUAAUUUAAUCCUGUUGUGUGGAUCUAUAUAAUAUUUUUUUUUUACAAGGAAAAUCGCCAAAAUUUAAAUCCAUUAUUCACGAUCAUUAUUCACAGUCUUAUAUUUAAGGUCGUUUUAAGUAUAGUCUUGUGAUACUCGUACGGCUCUGUGAUUGGCUUAUGAGUUCUCAAGAUUGACUUAGGAAGGUUUUAAACUGAAUUCGGGCUAUUGUCAACAAUUGCCAGUGUCGCGUGUCGGACGUGUCCGCGUCUCAGACUUUGUAAGUCGCAAGUUGCGAAGGUUUCGUUUCGAAUAUAAGUAAAAAUGGAAAGAGCAAAACCGAAAGUUGAAGAUAACAGGUGAGCGUUUAAUCUCUUUCGUUCAGUUAUUCAGAAUAAUUAUAAUUAAUAUGUCAAUUAGAUGAGGCAGUCCUAAUCUUGAUAUAUGUUGAAGAUCAUGAUCGUGAAUCUUCAAAAAAUUUUAGCCGUCAUUGUUCAUUAAAUAGUUACUAAUAAGCUGACAAUAUAAAUAUAUUGAACUUAAAUAAUUUAAACUUUAUGUAGAAAGUUAUAAACCCAUGUGCAAUUUCACUUCGUGUGGAAAGUCGAGUUGAUGUAAAUCCAUAUGAAGCGAGAUUCCAUACAGGGACUGAUUUACAACAUAUGUCAAGGUCAAGAUAAGGGCUGCCUCGCCUAAUCAAUAUAUUUACCAUAAUCUUUUUAUUAUUACGUCACAAUAAAAUUAUUCUAUGGUAAUUAUUACUUUACAUUAUGUUAAUGAUUAUAAUAAAAGAAUCUAUUUUUUUUAGCAGCUUGUCAAAAGAAAUCGACAAUUUGAAGAAGAAAAAAAGAGAGCUGCUAAUUGAUUUAUAUCAGCAUAGUAGGGAAACAAAUUUCGUAACUUUCGACGAACGUCAUGAGGCCAUUUCUCCACAGGCAACGGCCAACGUUGAAAAAUAUGUUUGCAACUGCUUGCUAACGAAUUGCUCAUUUCGAACGUGCGGUUGUAUGAAGAGAAAUAUCAAAUGUAAUCCAGCGUGUAGAUGUGACGAUCAAAAGUGUUUUAAUCAGAAAUCGGAAGACAAUCAAGAAAACAAAGAAAAUUAUGGAUCUAAGAGUGUGGGCCUGUUUAAUCCAGAGUGAGCAUACACGAAGAAUGUUACAAAAGUUAUAUAAUUAAUAUGUAGAUGCUUUUUAUAUGAAAAAUUUUAUUUUUGAGAUUAUUUUAUUAUUUUUAUUGAAGAUUAUUUUGAAGAUUAAAAAAAAGAAACUAAAAAAAAAUAACUUUUUAGAUUUAAGUUAAUGUGAGAUACAUUUGACGCCACAAAUGUUUCCAAGCAUUUGACUUAAUUAAACAGAAGAAAGAAUUUUACUUAAUUAGCAGUUAAAAAAUGCUUCCAAGCAUUUGUUAAUUUUACUUAAUUAGCAGUUAAAAAAUGCUUCCAAGCAUUUGUUAAUUUUACUUAAUUAGCAGUUAAAAAAUGCUUCCAAGCAUUUGUAGCAUCGAAUAGCUUUAAUUGAUAAUUAUAUUUAUAUAUAUUAU